CACGCAAUCGAAUUCGGAAUGUAGUUGUGUCUUGUCAUCGCACCAUUACUUCCUUGUUCUGUGACUAAAGCUCUUCUCCACGCCUCGUGUGUCGGGUCGCGCGACGAGAGCGUGCGCCGCGCCGCGCCGAACCACGCCGAGCCGAGCCGAUCCGCGCCAGCCGUCGUCGUGUCGCCGCGCCGCUGCUGCUCUCGCCCGGCUGAAGGAGAGCGGCUCGCCGUCGUCGCUGCUGUCGUGUCCCGAUCGCGCGCUAUAUUUGGCCGAUAACGUGCCGCGCGCGCUCCAACAUAUUGCGCGUCCUGCCGUGCGGGAAUCCUCGCUUGGCGCACCGUAGCCCUCGCCGAGUGGCCCCCGCGGUGGCACGCAGUCCGCAGCUCCGUCGCCGAGUCCGUUGUCGCGAGUGUUUGAGCGUGUGCGCGAGCCAACGAGAGCGAGGUCGUUCGUGUCCGAGCGUCGUAUCUUGACGGUCGCAGGCAGCACCGACGUGCCUCGUCUUCGCGACCAGGCGCUGUCGACGUCGCGCGCGGACUCACGCUUGCUUGGUUGGUUCGUUGGCUGCUUUCGGCAGUGCCUCGCGUAACUUGAUCGAAUAUCGCCCGCGCCCCUCGGCCCCGACGACGAUCCCGCCGCCGAUCGUUGGCGCGUCGCCUCGUCGUGAUACGCUAUUGUCAUUGUCAUCGUGGUGUUACGCGACGGUCGGCCGACGUCGACGUACUUGUACUUGUACUUGAGACACCGCGGAGACACGAGUGUAACGCCGCUGCUGCUGGUAUCGAUAUUCUGUGCUCUCCGAUCUUCGAUGUACGUGUAUCGUGCAGAUCGGCCAGAGUGUCGUGCCAGAUGCCGUUGUCCUAUGACGAAGAUCGUCGGGUAUUCUAUAGGAUGACUGGUGUUUUAUCGGGCCAGGCUGCGAGGUGCUCGCGAUAUCCUGUAUAUUUGCUUGACACGAAGCAAUCUGCGAUAUUGCAGCGUCUAUCUGGAUACGUGUACAUGAAUGGGGACAUUGGUAAGCUCCCACCAGGGGCGGUCUACCCAGCCACCCCUGAAACCCUGGGUCCGAUUGCAGGUGCGAUUGGUGGUGGAGUGCCUAGUUUAGAAUACGGAGUCAUGAACGGUGCGCCCAGCGGAAGUGAGUUGAUUCUCGAUGCAGGUGUUGGCAGCCUAGAACCAACAUCGCAACACGCCAUAGGCAUUGGUGGUGCUGUCGGAUACAGUUCAGUGGAUAUUACUGCUCUGGGUGAUGUGUCUGCUCCACCCGCAUCAAUGGCCGAUUUAUCUGUCCCUGGCAUACCCCUGGAACAACUCAAACAGAUGCUCUCAUCGCAACUCGAGUAUUAUUUCUCCAGGGAGAAUUUAGCCAACGAUACAUAUUUGUUGUCACAAAUGGAUAACGAUCAAUAUGUGCCGAUAUGGACAGUAGCAAAUUUUAACCAAGUAAAGAAGUUAACAAAAGAUAUUAAGCUCAUAACCGAAGUGCUGAGGGAGUCUCCUAACGUGCAAGUGGACGAAGAGGGACAGAAAGUAAGGCCCAAUCACAAACGAUGUAUUGUGAUACUUCGCGAGAUUCCGGAUAACACUCCUCUGGAAGAUGUGAAGAAUUUAUUUUCGGGGGAGGGGUGUCCAAGGUUUAUUUCGUGCGAGUUUGCUCACAAUAGUUCGUGGUAUGUGACGUUUGAAUCCGACGAGGAUGCUCAAAAGGCCUACCGAUUUUUACGUGAGGAGGUUCGGGAAUUUCAGGGAAAGCCGAUAAUGGCGAGAAUCAAAGCUAAACCAAUGAAUAGGCUACCGAUACCAGCAGUGGCUGGUGUAGGUGGUAUAAAAAAUGGCUACAGAACUCCACCUCCUCCUGCCGUUUACGAUCCCAGCAGUUAUACGACUGGACAACAACGUUUCCUUUAUACCAAUGGCACGACCAUGCCUCAAAAUACUAUGCAAGCGUACGCGAACCAAGUCCACGUAUACCAUCAACCAUUCUAUCACGCAGGUAUGAUGUCUUGGGGACCGACUAGUCCCGCCGCAUACUUCGAUAUGGGUGUUUUUAUGAAUGGGAUUACACCGCACAACACGUUCAAACCUCACAACACAAGAUAUAAUCCGCGACACAGAAACAAACAGAGAAACGGCUCCGACCGAGGCUGCUUAAUAGACCCUACCAACCCCAACAACAACAGCAACAAUCACCAUCACCAUCACCACCAUCAUCACCACCACCAUCAGCCGUCGUCCAUGCCGCCGAUGAGCACCCGCAGCUCUCAUCCACCUCUGACCGGUAACAGCGGCGGCGGCGGCAUGCCCUUAAACUCCUCUACGUCUACCUACGCUCCGAGCCUGCCGCCCUCAAAGUCACUAUCUUCUGUCUCCUCCUCGUCGACCUCUUCCUAUCAGUCCGGCACAAAGUUCCACUCCUCGUCCGCGUCGAACGUGGAGCACAUGAAGGGACCUUGCUCCUCGUCCACAUCCUCCUUGUCCUCCGUGCAGGAUCAGGACACAAUUAUAGAGCCGUCGAUACCGUCGAUGACGACGUUUCCCCGCCAUCGUAUCCACCGCAGGACCAAAGAUCAGGACGCGAAGGUAUCCGCCGGGAACAACUCGUUGCCGGCGAUCAAGGAGUCGCUGCCAAUAGGCGGCGGCAGUGGCAGCAACAGCGGCGGUUGCGGUGGUGGUAGUGGUGGUGGCGGCAGCCGCAGCAGCGGCGUUCAAUUCGACUUGGAGGCGGCUGCAUUCCCACCUCUACCUGGCCUCGAUGCCGAUCUCGGCAAAACGUCGGUUGACGUCGGCAGUGCCGGCGGCAUCGAAUCGUCACAGAAUCGAUUGUCCGACGUUGUCAAAGGCACGGCAAAGCUCAAAGCCGCUGUCAAAGACAAAGAUAGCAAUCAGCAGCAACAGCCACCAUCUGCACCCGUAAACGCUGCUAGUAGGUCCGCUAGUCCUGGAGCCGUUGUGGGUGCCGUCGAGGCGCAAGGAAACGCUCUGGGAAACUCUACAACUCCUGCGAACGCCCUUGUCCUUAACCCUGCGCCGGCCAACAAUGAGAAUACGGCUGACGUCACGCUCAGCACCGUCACGCUCACUCCCCCGUCAUCUCCUGAUAAAUCGAUAAAGACUGACGACUCGAACAUGGUGAACGGUGUGGACGACGCUGUAGAUGCGAACGCGCACAUGCCGGCAGUGGUGACGUCGGUGACGGCAACUACAACAGCAGCUACGACGACAGCACCUGCGGCGGUAGCGACAGCGGCGGCGGUGGCGGCGGCGGCGGCGACGGCGGCAGCGGCAGCGGCAGCGGCGGCGGCGGCGGUGGUGACAGACGAGGCCGAGCAGGUGACCAGGUGCGAUUGUAACAACGUCGUCGUCGUCGUUCCUUCUCCUACUGCCUCACUCAACUCCCAAUCGCAAACUGGAGUGGCCUCUACCUUCCCUAUAGAUCUUACAAGGCCGAGCUAUGCCCAAGUAGCGCAACAUUGCCGCGAGCUACCUUGUACAAAACACAAAAUGGAUGAGAGGGACAGAAACGUUUAAAAGCGACAUGUGACGACAGGAAGACGCGCGGCGGGCUUGGCUUUAGAUAUCGCGAAACAAGAUGCCUCUGCGGAUGUUACCACGCGACGACGAGGUAACAACGAUAUUUAGCCGUUGUGCUACUACAUCAUCGUCAUUUCCUCGGGGUCGGAUCACACGGAUAUCGGAGCCCGGAGCCCGGAGUUCGCCGCUGCUUUCACUACCAUCCUCUUCAUCUUUAUCCCCGGCGCUCUUUUCGGAUAAGCCGUCACGCGCUGUGGGCGCGGAAAAAAGAACUUUUUACAUUGUACAGUGACGUCUCGCCUACGAUCAACGAUCGAUUGACGGAUUGAUUAAGAAAGAGAGGGAGAGAUGAGGGGGAGGGGAGGGGAGAGAGAGAGAGAGAGAGAGAGAGAGAGAAUGUAUGCGGUUGUGUGUGUGGGUAAGUGUGCGUGUGUGUGUGUUAUGACAUGCGUAUAAUGUGCGCUCUGUUUGUGUGUGCGCGCUCGGGUGGACGCGUGAGAGACUCGCCGCGCACUUCUAGCAACGCAUUCGCCGGCGACGCUGUUAAUUAAUACAGGGUGAUCGGAGAGUCCCGUGAAGCGAGACGCGUAUGCUGCGGCAGAUGCGCAAUUGAUAUAUAUUGCCGGUGUCGGUCGAUGCGAGUUAUAUCUGAACGUUUUGCGUUUACGCAAUUCGUCGAUCGUAGUUUAUAUGAUUCAAGGAUACGAGAGGAUUUUUAUAAAGGCUUGAGAGAGACUUCAUGGAUAUCGAAGCAUUCGCGGUCGGAAUUGUCAUCCGGAAAGUAAUAGCGCGUAAAGCA